AUGCUUCAGGUGUGCAGUAAGGAGCAGCGGAGCAUAGAAAAGUUGGUCGCUGCUUUUAGCAUUGCCUCUUUGUUGUUUGUGGGGAAUGCCAACUCGUGUGUACUUGUGGCUAACUAUAGUCUUAAGCGCCUUGAGGUCCUUCGGUGUAUAAGACUUUCAGAUAAACCGUUCAUUGAAACCAAACAGAUUAGAUUUAACAAGAAAAGCAGUCUCGGAAUUUUUCUCUGCAGCGAUAAAGUGAUUCGUGUCUUCAAUGCUAAGACUUUUGAGAUUGUCCACAAGUUACGUUCACCCGUUGAUAGAACUUCCUGGAGGGACGCCAAUUUUUCCAGUGAUGGCCUGUUUGUAAUUGCGGGCUCGACUGAGCAAAACCAUGUCCUCUACUAUUGGGAGCUGGCUUUUGGCCACAACGUGUGGAAACUUUAUAGCGAUAAAGAUCGUCUCUGCAGCUUUGCUUGCCACCCUACGCGUAGUUGCGUAUUGGUGUCGUGCGGAUUAUCCGGGACUAUGUACGAGUGGGACGCCGAAUAUGCUGACCAUGCGCCUCUUGCAUGGACGGACUGGAGGUCAGGCCUCGUUGCUAAUGAGGAGUAUCUUGAGCGUGAGGACGAGUUUGAUUUGAACAAAAAGGGAGAGCGAAUGUGUGAGUUUCGCAUGAAGGAGCUGUUUGAAAGUACUCUUGACGAAAAAACGAUAGACGUGGAGAAUACAGAAACAACUGCUCAGUUCUUCUUUCCAGUCGUACACGUUAUCCCCGAAAAGGAAGGUUCUUCCGGGCCUGCUGUACACACUAACAAGUUUUCGUGGCUUUCUUUACUUAAUAAUCGAAAUAAGUACACUGUUGCCGGAAAACUUUUUCUUUGGAAGAAAAAAAAUACUUUGACUAGUUCCUAG